AUGACGGAUAGAUUAACACAGUUACAGAUCUGUUUAGAUCAGAUGAUGGAACAAUUUUGUGCGACUUUGAACUAUAUUGACAAGAAUCAUGAUUUUGAAACUUAUAAUGAUAAUGAACAAAAAAUGUCAGAUCGUCAUGCCACAGUUGCUCCAGCUGAUGAGUUUUCAAGUACUAUUGAUGAACUCUCUACUGAUAUUAUCCUAAAAACAAGACAGAUUAUAAAACUAAUAGACUCUUUGCCGGGUGUGGAUGUGUCAGAAGAAGAACAACUGAGAAAGAUUGAUAUUUUACAAAAAGAGUUAGUUAAAGUAGAAGAUCAAAAGAUCGAUGCUGUAAAGAAGAAAGAGAAACUGUUGCAAGAUUUGAAUAUACUGAUAUCUUAUUUCGUGACUGGAAUUUCAGAUUCAAGACAAUUGCAUAACGAGCAAACAACGCUCAUCAAGAAAGAGGAUUCAUAA